AGAUUUCUCCCCAAACUUCGCAUUUUGUCGAGAGCAAGUACAAGGUCCAGACCACCCCAGAUUUAUCUAACCAGCAAACCGUUGGCACACACAAGUGUCUUCGACCCGAUACAGAAAUAUUUCAAGUCUCGCCUGCUACCAACACAACCGUCGCGAACCCUGUCCAGGAGCAACAUCAAUUGAGCAUUUGACACGAGUGCAGCCGGCCUGGGUUUGUCCCAGGCAGCCAGCGGAGAGCAGCAGACAUGGCACAGAAUGGUGCAGUUCCCGAACUUCCAGAAUCUGUCUCGAAACCUCCCGAAGGCAUCGUCCUGCCGCCCAAGGACAUAAGAGCCAUUAUCGAGAAGACGGCCGGUUACGUGGCGCGCAACGGACCUGUCUUCGAAGACCGCAUCCGCGACAAGGAACAAGCGAAUCCGAAAUUCUCCUUCCUCUCCCCUCACGAUGCUUACGCUCCCUUCUACCAGUGGCGACUGUCUGAAGUGCGAUCGGGGCGAGGCACGGCCGUUUCCGCUGGAAGAGCAGGCGAUGCGACACCGGUGCCAGAAAAACCAAAGGGGCCAGAGCCGCCUCCAGAGUUUCAAUUCAGUGCGCGCAUGCCCAAUAUCAGCGCGCUGGACUUGGAGGUUGUCAAAUUGACAGCGCUUCACGUUGCUCGCAAGGGUAAGAGUUGGAUGACUACCCUGUCACAACGAGAAGCCCGAAACUACCAGUUUGACUUCCUCCGCCCGCAGCACUCGCUGUACAAUUUCUUUCAACGACUAGUCGAUCAAUACACAGCCCUCCUUCAGACAGGGCCGGAAGGUCAAAAGGCAGAGCAAGCCCGCAUCCAAGUCCUCCAAGCCAACAUUCAGGACCGAUUCCGAGUUCUCAGCCUGGCAAAGAAACGGUCGGAAUACAUCAAAUGGCAAGAGACGCAAAAACAGAAGAAAGAAGAGGCCGAAGAGGCCGAACGAAUAGCCUAUGCCCAAAUAGAUUGGCACGACUUCGUCGUCGUCGAAACAGUCCUGUUCACCGAGGCGGACGAGCAGGCCGAUCUUCCCCCUCCGACUACACUGAAUGACCUUCAGAGUGCAAGUCUCGAGCAGAAAGCGAUGAUGAGUCUUGCCAGACCAGAUAUGCGCAUCGAAGAGGCAAUGCCUACGGACGACAUGAGCAGCUAUGCGUACAACGACAACCAGUUUGGAGGAUACCCUCAAGCCAACGGGUGGGAAGCCCCUGCUUCAGUGCCGCCAGCAAUGCCAUCAUAUACUCCUUCCCCUGUGCCGCAACAACCUUCGCCAGCCAUGCCUCAAAUCCCGACACCGAUACCAUCCUACUCACCCGCCGUGCCUCUCGUGCCCUCUCCACAACCCCCGUCGAUGCCACCACAGCAACCACCCCCUUCGACCGCUUCUCCUGCUCCCGUACCGGGCCAACCUCCAAUGCGUAUAAAACAAGACUACAUCCCCCGCGCGCAACAGCGCGCAGCCACUGCUCGGGCGGCCACGGCUCUGUGCCCCAAUUGCGGCCAGCAAAUCCCCAUCGCCGAGCUCGAGGCGCAUUUGCGAAUCGAGUUGCUAGACCCGAGAUGGAAAGAGCAACAGUCCAAAGCUGCGUCACGGUUUUCAACCACGAAUCUGGGCGGUACGGACGUUGCGGCGAAUCUGAAGAGACUGAGGGCGAGGACGGAUGGAGCCACUAACGACCCAGUCGCGGAGGCAGCAGCUAGGGUGCUGGGCGAGGAAGAGGAAGAGGAAAGGAGGAAGAGGUUGAAGCUCGAGGGCCAGCCCGGGGCGCCAGCGUAUCCCGCUGUAGGGGCACAGGGUCAAGGUGGACAGCCCACCAUGGAUCUGCAGGAGCAAAUACGGCAGAUCCACAACAAGUACAAGUCGUGAUGAUGUGGGAAAAUGUACAUUAAUACCUCCCCCGGCGUCUUCUGGGGAAGAGUUGCCGCGCGGGGAACAAACGCGGAAGAGGCGGUGCUUCUUCAAACAUGAUAUCAGUCAGCCUGACGAGUCACUCAAGACUGCGUCGAGAGAAAAUUUCGAGAAAUAAUCUGCCAGACCCACGUUAUUCCCCGUCAAUUCUCCAGUCUCAGCCCAGGAUUAAUGAAGAGGACGUCUCACUGACGAUUCUCAAUUCCGUUUGCUCCGUGGCGAGUGAUGCAUGACCUCCAGGAACUGGAUGGCAGAGAGGCUGAACGAUAUGGUUAAGAUUCAAUGAUGCAUCCUUCCUUCCCUCCCCGGGGGUGACUUGUGUUCCUCUGUGUGGUGCUGCUGACUGGGGACACGCCGCUCUGCGUACUAUGGUCGCUGUGGAAGCUAUCCGAGGCCGACGAAUGAAGAUCAACAAUAAACUGAACGCCUAGACGUGCUGAAGGGGCGAAAUGGCUCUCGUUUCGUUGAGAGAGAUGGG